GGGAUGAUCGCUAUCGCAUCAGAAAAUGGCGUCUUGCGUCGUUCGCUGAAUGCUGAAGUAACGCCAUAGCUCAACGUUUAGCGUUCAGCUAAAAAUUCAAGGCGACCGUACAUCUUGAAAAGAAAAAGCCGCCGGCGGAGCAUCGGCGAUGGACUUCCAACACCGCCCAGGGGGCAAGACGGGCUCCGGCGGGGUGGCCUCAUGGUCCGAGUCCAACAGGGACCGGCGGGAGCGCCUCCGGCAGCUGGCACUGGAGACCAUCGACCUGCAGAAGGACCCCUACUUCAUGAAGAACCAUCUCGGCUCGUACGAGUGCAAGCUGUGCCUGACGCUGCACAACAACGAGGGGAGCUACCUGGCCCACACUCAAGGCAAGAAGCACCAGGCCAACCUGGCACGCAGGGCCGCCAAGGAGGCCAAGGACUCGCCCAUCCAGCCCGCUCCGGCCAAGCCCCGCGUCGACAUCAAGAAGUUUGUCAAGAUCGGACGGCCCGGGUACAGGGUCACCAAGCAACGGGACGGGACCACGGGGCAGCAGUCGCUGCUGUUCCAGGUGGACUACCCGGAGGUGGGAGACAGUGUGGUGCCCCGGCACCGCUUCAUGUCCGCCUACGAGCAGAAGGUGGAGCCCCCGGACAAGAAGUGGCAGUACCUGCUCUUCGCCGCCGAACCCUACGAGACCAUCGCCUUCAAGGUGCCCAGCCGGGAAGUGGACAAGUCCGAGACCAAGUUCUGGACCCUCUGGAACCGGGACAGCAAGCAGUUCUUCCUCCAGUUCAGCUUCAAGCUGGACAACAAGCCCAAGCUGCUGGGACCCCACGGCAUGCUGCCGCCACCGCCGCCCCCCGGCAGCUAAGAGGGACUCAAUAAAGCGUCCGCUACACCGA